ACGUGAUCGCGCAGCUAUGUCUCUUUCCAUCCCAUCUCCAGCCGACUUCCAUGUACACCUUCGCCAGGGUGCUCUGUCGACCCUUGUAACUCCCCAUGUUCGUGCAGGAGGAUUCAGACUCGCAUAUGUUAUGCCCAAUCUCAAGCCGCCGGUCACAACGACCGAUCAGGCUUUGGCAUACAAGAGCGAAUUGGAAAAGAUAGAUCCAGAGAUAGAAUACUUGAUGACCUUGUAUCUAUGCCCUGAACUAACACCAGAUGAGAUUCGUAAAGCAAAGGCUGCUGGCAUCGUCGGUGUCAAGUCCUACCCUCGUGGGGUGACCACCAACUCGGAGGGUGGAAUAGAAUCUUACGAGGUCUACUAUCCCGUCUUUGAGGCCAUGCAAGAGGUUGAUAUGGUCUUGAACCUGCACGGGGAAGUGCCGUCUGACCCCUCCACCAACACCUGUGUUCUUAAUGCGGAGCCCAAAUUCCUGACACAUCUGAUCAAGCUGCACCGUGAUUUCCCCAAGCUUCGCAUUGUGCUCGAGCACGCUACCACGCGUUCUGCCGUCGACGCUGUCAAAGCCCUGGGACCCACUGUUGCUUGCACUAUUACCGCUCAUCAUCUGGCCCUGACGGUGGAUGACUGGGCUGGUCAAGCUUGGAACUUCUGCAAGCCAGUCGCCAAGUAUCCUGAUGACCGUGAAGCACUACGAGAGGUCAUAAAGCAGGGACAUCCUAAGUUCUUCCUGGGAUCUGACUCUGCACCUCAUCCUCCGGAAACAAAGUCGACGUGUACGCCCACGCACGCGUGCGCUGCCGGAGUCUACACUUCCCCCAUUCUGCUGCCGCUCGUCGCCCACCUCCUCGAAUCCUUCGGUGCUUUGGACAAGUUGGAAAAUUUCGUGAGCGGGUUCGGAAGGGCGUUCUAUGGCAGACCGAUUACGAAAGAGACGGAAUCUCGUGUCGUGUUAAAGAAAGUUUCUGGAAAGAAAGUAGCAGAUAGAUGGGCUCUGGGGCAGGAAAGCGUGGUUCCCUUCUGGGCUGGUAAGGAGCUGGACUGGGAGAUUGUUCAUUGAGUUGCCGUAGUAAAAGUGAAUUCAAAUGUAAACAUGUAUCAGACUUGUGCAUAACAUAUCCACAGGC